AUGUGUAAUGCAUGGUCACUUAAUCCUCCCCAAAAAGAAUUUGUUAAUGUGACCAAUGAUUUAGGUCCUGGAAUCGACCUUUCUUUGCACUGUAAGUCUGGCAAUGACGACCUUGGUAAACACAUACUCAAAUAUCAUGGUGAUGGUUAUGGUUUUCAUUUCUGUUCAAAUGUGUGGGGAACGACGCAGUUUUAUUGUAAAUUCUGGGACACAAAAUCUUGUGCAUAUGGUGGUAAGUUUUGUAACUGGGUUGUCAGACCCUCUGGUCCAUGCCUUACUACUAACAUACUCAUUCUUUGUUAUCAGUGGAAUUCUGAUCCAUAUUAG